AUGGGUUUUGACGACGAAACUCGUGAUGACUUCGACGCAAUAUAUGCUCCCGUCGGGAGCUAUGGAACUGCUCGGAUGCAUCUGUCGCACGCGGUCGACAGAAAUUUGGAGCUGAUUCAACUGGACAUGGCGAAUGCAUUCCUCAACGCGAAACUCGACGGCCCUGUCUUCAUGGAACAACCUGAGUUCUACAACAACGGAAUAGAUCGAGUCUGCAUGCUGAAGAAGAAUCUCUACGGACUGAAGCGGAGUCCACUGCUGUGGUAA